AUGCCCCUACCUACCGUAGAAGACAUCCUAAAAAUCACACACCCACCACCCGAUGACGGAAAAUCCACUGAAAGGAUAGCCCACCGCAAAAAUCCUUACAAGGUCUCAAUCGUCGAAUACAAUCCCCUCUGGCCUGAACGUUUCCUCUCAGCAAAAUCCCGAAUCGAAAUAGCUCUAGCUCCAGCAACGGCCUUGGAAAUUCACCACGUAGGCUCGACCAGUGUCCCCGAUCUCCCAGCAAAAGACAUAAUCGACAUCGACCUCGUCGUAAAAGAUGUUCUAGACGAAGCCUCUUACGUCCCCGCUCUCGAGGCCGCGAAUUUCAGAUUCUUACUUCGCGAACCAGCGUGGCAUCAACAUCGUUUCUUCGUCGACGAAGGUGAUUGGGAACCAGAAGCAUUUUUGGUGAAUUUGCAUGUUUUCGGUCCGGAAUGUGCGGAAGUUGCUCGACACCAGAUUUUCCGGAAUUGGUUGAGGGAGCAUCCUGAGGAUUUGGAGUUGUAUGCGAGGGUGAAACGAGAGUGUGCGGAGGCGACUGAGCAGGCUGGAGAGAGUAUGCAGGAGUAUACUUCGAGGAAGGACAAGACGAUUGACGAGAUUAGGAAUAGGGCGUUCAGAGAGUUGGGGUAUAUAAAGUGA